AUGGACCUGCCCACGCCAGCCAAGUGCACCGCCGACUUUUGCCUGAUUCCGAUCGGCACCGCCUCCCCCUCCGUCUCCGCGCAAAUCGCCGACGUCCAGCGGCUGAUCGAGGCAUCGGGCGUUAAAUACACCAUGCACUCUGCCGGCACGACCUUGGAAGGACCUUGGGACCGAGUCCACCAGGUCAUCGGGCAGGCGCAUACCCUCCUCCACCAGCAGGGCAUCGUGCGCAUCCAGACGGAUAUCCGCGUCGGAUCGAGGUAUGUUCUGCUCUACCCUAAGCUUGCAGCACGCACUCCAUCCUAUACACGGUACCACUCCCCCAAGGCAGGAAGUUGUUCUGACGACUGGAUUGCGGUUAGGACGGAUAAGGAGCAGACGGCCGAGGAUAAGGUCAACAAGGUGUGCCAGUUGUUGCGCAAGGAUCUGUGA